GCUGCGCAGUCCUCGGCGGCGGUGCCCACAAGUUGCCGGCGGCCCAGCGCCGCGCCGCGUCCUCCCGCUCGCAGCCCUCCGCGUCCACCAGCCGGCGCCAGGACGCGCGUCCCGCGGACCCCGACCCCGAUGUGAGGGCGGGCCCGGCAGCUCCUCACCGCCCCGCCGGCGCGAUUCAGUCUCGCUAGCCUCCCCGCCGUCCGACCCCACGGCUGGAAGAUGUGGCAGCCGGCCACGGAGCGCCUGCAGCACUUUCAGACCAUGCUGAAGUCGAAACUGAAUGUCCUCACACUGAAAAAGGAGCCUCUCCCAGCCGUCAUCUUCCACGAGCCUGAGGCCAUCGAGCUGUGCACCACCACCCCGCUGAUGAAGACCAGAACUCAUAGCAGCUGCAAGGUCACCUAUCUGGGCAAAGUCUCUACCACAGGCAUGCAGUUCUUGUCAGGCUGCACGGAGAAGCCAGUGACUGAGCUCUGGAAGAAGCACACACUCACCCGAGAAGACGUCUUCCCAGCCAACGCGCUUCUGGAGAUCCGUCCUUUCCAAGUGUGGCUGCAUCACCUCGACCACAAAGGCGAGGCCACGGUGCAUAUGGAUACCUUCCAGGUGGCCCGCAUCGCCUACUGCACCGCUGACCACAACGUGAGCCCCAACAUCUUCGCCUGGGUUUACAGGGAGAUCAACGAUGACCUGUCCUACCAGAUGGACUGCCACGCUGUGGAAUGCGAGAGCAAGCUGGAGGCCAAGAAGCUGGCCCACGCCAUGAUGGAGGCCUUCAAGAAGACUUUCCACAGUAUGAAGAGCGACGGGCGGAUCCAUAGGAACAGCUCCUCCGAAGAGGUUUCCCAGGAACUGGAGUCUGACGAUGGCUGAACGAACUUGAGAUGCUCCACCGAAGGCAGCAUUGGUCAAGGGGCUCAACGGGAGAGAUGAAUAAGCAACCAUUCAAAUUUGGGAUGAAAAGACUGCCCGACCAUUGGCUGACCAUGCUUUUGAUUAUAUGUGCUGCCGAAGUGAGCGAGCACUGACCAUGCUUUUGAAAUGCAGAUGAGCAAUUCUAAAUCUAAAGAGAUGUAUCAUUAAAGUAAUUCCGUGACAUUGAAAUCUGCUGCUGCUGCUGCUGCUGUGACUUCGCAGAGGGUGGGAGCGUGGCCGGGGAGGAAGGCUCUAGACUUCUUAUUUUUCCCUCAUAGUCCAACACCUCCUGGGGGGAGAGUUCCACGCCGGUUUUCACCACUCUCAGCCAAAUAUUCUGCGGCUGUGAGUGACGGACCAUUCCAAUCUGCCUUAUGAAAACCAACAGCAAUGUGUCAAGGCACUGUGGGUUCUGUCCAGGGUGGGCGGUGGAGGGUGCUAAUGCUGGUGCGAAGCCCCUGGUGGAAGGAAGGAAAGCUCAGGAUGGCUGACACGGCCCCUCCCAUGCCGCAUUCAGACUCUCCUCAGUAUGCAGAUCGCACAGCCUUCCUCCAGCUUUGCAGCUAACAACCCGAUAGUUGGCAGUUAGUUCGCAGUUACAGAUAAUACUUUUAUUUACACGAAUAUAUCGAGUAGUACCCUCUUAUUGUAUUCACUUCAUCUAUUUUCUUAGAAUACUUGCAGCUACUAAUAAUCCCUUCCCUCCUCCUGUACUGCCCGCCUUCUUUCUCCUGCCAGCAUCCCUAGAGGGAGGGAUUCUCUCAUAGCCUGCACUGCAGGACACCAAAAGGGAAGAAAACAAGGAAGCAAAUGAAAUAAAUAACAAGCAAACCAGCCAGGAGUUUAGAAAAAUAGCAGCAACGCCAGAGAGAGGCAGUGAGUGAGCACCAAGUGAACCCACCCUUUGGGGGCUGUCCUUUCCUCAACCCUGCGUCUUGGUAACUUACUUGGCUGAUGUCCUGUUGGAUGCAUCCUUCAUGGCUUCCAGUCUGAUUUGGGACCACCAAGGAAGCCUGGCCUCCAUCACUUCACCUUGCACAGGGAGUGAGUUAGAUAAACUCAGCCUGUCUAGAAAAUCCAUGUCCAUCUCAAUCUAAAGGGAAAUCUUACCUUGUUACCAUAAAGUUCCCCGUGUCCGAGAAUUCCCAUUGCCCAUUUGUUUAUUAUUCAUCAUGAGAAAGUCUUGCUAAGAAAGCACAGAUUUCUCAGUUUCAUGAAUCUUUAAAUGUCAUGAAGAAUCCACAUGGAAUUUGAAAGCAUUUGUUAAAAUACGUGCAUUUAAGGCUGAGAACUGAUCAUUACGUUCCCAGGUAGGAUUGCUCCUUGAUGGAAGUCUGUUUGUAUUCCUUGUAAUGUUAGGGGCACUGGGGCACCUUAGAAGCCUUAAAUGAGACCUAAUCUAAUUCAGAGUGAUGGAGUCGGCAUUUUGGUUUGUGUACCUGUGUGUCUGUAUACUCGUCUCUGUGUGCGUAGGCGUGUUCCCAUGUGUGGGUCGGAUUUUCAGGCAUGAACAAUAAGCAUGGAGUCGCAUCGAGGAGAACUGGUCUCCUGAAGAAAUGCUUGUCACUUUAUGAUAUAUGUAAAGUAUUCUUUAGCAAACAUGCAUUCAUUCUUUAAUAAAAUAUGUUUGUGUUAAUCUGAGGGAUUUCAUACUUUAUGUACACUUCCUUUUUCAAGCAGUGGAAACAUGAUGAGCCAAGUAGAUCAAAUUGAGAAAACUGAAUAAUUCUUCCUAAAAUAUUUUUAAAACUUUGUCAUACAUAACACAUUCCUUGAUUGUGUUUAAAAUCCUUCUUUAUUUCCAAGUGUUCAAUUUCUCUUUAAUUGCUGGCCUUAUCUGAGAUGGUAACACACCAACAACUGAAGGUGUUAUUUAGUGUGAUGGACUUAAUUGCAGAGGAGUCUCUUUCAGAACAUUUUGCAGAUGAUUGCUAUUUGUAAAAUCUCCUGUGCAUCUUUGGGGGAACCUGUCUUGAAAUCCUUGAAGUUGCGCUGUAAGUGAUUCCUUCUAAGGAGUCUGGUUCAGGCCAUGAUUUCUUGGAAUAGCUGCAUUAAUCAAGCGAGGCAGGUGGCCAUGGAGCUUUUGUGUUUUCAGAAAUGCCCUUCGUGGAGUCAGUAGCAAAUAUAAUGGCUUUUAAAGUGAAAAUAUGGGUGCCUGCUAAAGAGAUGAACUCAAGUGAGAAUUACUGCCUAACUCCUCUGGCUGAAAUGGCAUUUCUCUCAAGUCAGACUUUUCAAUUUUAUUUUACUCCAUUGUCCUUGAAUAUACAUCUAAAAGAAAAAAAACAAAACAAAACAGCCAGCAUGUAUUUCAGAACAAUGCCUUUUUCCACUCUGAGUAAAAGUUAAGUUGAGUCUCGAGUGCAUACAUGGUUAUUUAUUGUGAAAAGCUUUUACUAGUCUUUUCAGGAUUAAGUAUGACAUUCUGGGUAAUUGUCUAGAAUAAUACUGGGAUAAGAUUUUGCUUUGGAUGAUUGGUAAGCAAUGGAAAGAUAAAUACACAAUGGUAUCUUUUACUUAGCAGAUGAAGUCUUUUGUGGCAGCCGAUUAUAAUUCCUCUCAGAGGGAUGACCCCGCUCUCCACUGUUAUUAAUGCUUUGAAUUCUCCCUUCUUGUUCUACAGUUGCUUUGCUAGUGCAAAGCACUUUGACGUCCAUUAACUCCUAUGCUCCUUAAAAGGACCCUGUAGGUGGAUGUGCCAGGGACUUAAGAAGAGCAAGCAGGCUGAGAGAGAAAGGCUGCGUGACUUGGCUCAGGUAACACACCCAGGACACGUUCGGUGAGGUUGGAUCCCCCCAUGCUUGGUCCAGGGCUGCUCUUCUGUUAAGAUAAAAUCCAUCUCCUUCAGAUUUUUCAUUUUCAUUUCUCUUGAAACCUUCUAACUUAUUUUAAAUUAGCCUAUUAAACUAUUAUAAAUAAACAUUUUCUGCUGUUUAUUUUUGAAGUACUUUUUAGAGUGGCAGAAUUUUUUUUUUUUUAAGGCCAAAACCUAAGAAGUUUUAUUUGAGCGCAAAUAAGUAAUACGAUGUCUUCUUUGAGUAUUUUUUUGGCUGUGGAAAGAUGCCUCUUUCAUUUUUGUUUUUCUCUGUACACGUUAUAGCUCUAAAUAUUACUGGUCUGUAGCAUCCCAUAAUUUCCUUUCAUGUCAUUCAUUGCAGUUUUCAACCACAUAUUUAUUUACAUGAUUAUGUAAAUGUCUGUUUAAACCUCUCCGGUGGUGUUAUUAAGAUGGAUAAUUUGUCUUUUUGUCCAUAUUUCACCACCAGCUUUUAUGGCAGGACCAGGCAGCAGGGAGAGACUCAUCAGAUUAAUGUUAGCUAGUUGGUAGGAUAGAUGGAGGGACACACAGACAGAAGGAAAUGUCAUUGUGUAUCUUUGAUUCACAAAUUCUAAGACACAACCUUGGAAUGUAUCAGAAAGUAUCUUGUUGAUUCCUUGCACAGUUUCUUUGAGGGUGAGCAAAUAGGUUUUCACUGAAGGAAAAAAUCUGCCCUUACCUGAUACAAAAAGAACUGUGGCCACUUAUAGAUAGGAAAGCAAUGUUUGAUGUAAACCACACAAUUGAAACAAAAACACCUGCAUUUAGCAGAUCACAACGUAUUUGUCAUACAAUUAUUACUGUUUAUUUCUCUCACAAAAAAGAGAGAAAGUUGAGGGAAGGCAUUCUUAUUUUUUAGACCAUCUGAAGCAUAUGAAUUUAGGUGAGUUUUCCCCAAAUUUACAUUUUAGAAAACAUUUUUUCCAUCUGCCUUUUCUCACUUCUUUCCCUCUUCCACUCAUUCUUCCUCUUUUCCUCUUUCUGCUUUCCUUCCUUUUCUGCCUUUAUUGUUGCCAAUUAACAUGACCUAUUCCAGACUUUCUUGGAUUUUAUGAGGGAAAAGCAAAUGUGCUCUGAAUCUGACAUCACAUUUGGUUCGUGCUCCAUUGAUGUCAAAUUUGACAAGAUUGGGAAUCACUGCAGAUUAUCUUAAAUUUCUCUUAUUUAAUUUCUUAGGCAGAUGAGACACAGUGAUGACUUAAGUCUUCAUUGAUUACUGUGUCUGAAGUAUUCAAAAAUCUAAUCUUUCCAUCCCCUACAUAUAACCUAAACUAAUUUAGAAGGAAGUUGGAGCAGUGAAGAUUUCCGUAGAUUCCAGAGAUAGCGCCUCAAUUCUGAUAGAUCUGCAAGAAAAUUUUCUGUGACAUGCCAAGAUUUGCCUCGUAGAAUAGUUUUAUAGGACACAUUGUUCAGCUUGAAAACUUUGGCUUCUCCUUCUGAAGAGGCACCAACUGAUAAACAGUCACCAGAAGAAAAUUCCAUGCAAUGCAGAAAUUCAGACUUAGGAAGAAAAAUAAGAAAAAGGGUAUAAGCAAAUUUCCUAGAGCAAGAAAAAUCUAAGCCUUCUUAUUUUGGACAUAUUCAAAUAAAUUGUGUUUGUUGAAAAUGAAUCUAAGACAAGACUUCAUACACUUGAGUAAAGCUGAUGUUCAUAAAGAGAUUGGGGAAAAGCGUUGCUUUUGGGUUUUUCUUAUGCAUUCCCAAUCGGAUAUUCAUCAUUAAUCUGAACAGAUUUUGCUUUGGAAAUUUAUGGUUCUGACCCAAAAAUAUUUUCAUGUUUCCACUAAGUUUUCAAUAGCUCAUCGUAGAGGCUACUGUAAGAAGUCGCUCAUAUGAUCUGAAAAUGGAAUUACUGAAUAUUACACAUAUAUUCAACGCCUUUACAGUAAAUUAACCAAUAAUUAUCAAUACUUUCAUAUAGCUUCUUUUAACAACUAUUUUCUUGAUAAAAAUGGUUUCAUCCCUGUAAGCAUGUAUGGUACAGAAAGGAUGGAUCGUUUGAAAACUUUGUGACAUUUGUGAAAUAAAACAUGAUACUACGUGAGACCUUGACGUCAGCUUGUCAUUAUGCGGCUCUAGUUGCCAUUCCAGAAAUACUUUGCCCUUGAUUGAAAACCUGAAGAGAAAAACUUAAGAAAAUGUCCACUAACAAGGAAGAUCCAAGAGUGGGCUCCAUUCCAUGGGCUCUUGUCUUUUAAAAUUAGGUGACAAAAUGGCAUAUAUUUAUAGCAUACAACAUGAUAUUUGGAAUAUGUAUCUAUGUAUGGAAUGGCUAAUUUGAGCUAAUAAACAUAUGUAUUAUCUGA